AACAGUAAAACCAAACCAAAUCAAAGCAACGAGGCUUUCUCAUUUCUUUAAGACAGAGAAGGCGAGGUCGAGAGGUCGAGUCCGAGGUAGAAAGCGUGUCAUACCAGAAUGGCUGUGUCCACGUGUACUAGGGUUUUCCCCUCAUUCGAGUGCCGCUCGGAGUCCGACUUCUCCGGCGCGCCGAAGGUCGGAGGGGACGGGAAGCAGAGACGCAAUCGAUUCUCUGGGGGGUUCAAGUCGGCGCGCGGAACAGCGUCGUUCCAGGUCGGCCUCUCCUCGCUGAUCUUCCGCUUCCCGCCGAACUUUGUGCGCCAGCUUAGCACGAAGGCGCGCCGGAACUGCAGCAACAUCGGCGUGGCGCAGAUCGUCGCGGCCUCGUGGUCCAACAACCCCGCGUCGGCUCCGGCGGCGGCGGCAUCAGCUGCCGCCGCCGCCGCCACAGCCGCCACCGAGCCGACCUUGCCGUCGGUCGGAGAUGACGUGGCGUUGGUGGACAAGAAAGUGGAUCUCGACGUGAAUGUGGGUGUAGACUUUGAGCUCGAGGGUUUACCCAAUUCCAAGCGCUCGGUUUUUAGCUACGAUGGGAGCGUUGCUAUUCAUGCUGGUGAGAGAUCUGGACGCGGUAUAGUGACUGAUGCGAUUACCACACCGGUGGUUAAUACUACUGCCUACUUCUUUGACAACACUGCUCAGCUCAUUGAUUUCAAGGAGAAGCGCAGGGCUAGUUUUGAAUAUGGGCGCUACGGAAAUCCGACAACGGUGGUUGCAGAGGAGAAGAUAAGUGCGCUCGAGGGGGCUGAAUCGACCCUGAUAAUGGCAUCUGGAAUGUGCGCUAGCACAGUCUUGUUGAUGGCAUUGGUUCCAGCUGGUGGGCAUCUUGUGACGACGACGGAUUGCUAUAGGAAGACUAGGAUAUUCAUUGAGACCAUUCUUCCCAGAAUGGGGAUUACGGCAACCGUCAUUGACCCAGCAGAUAUGGGAGCCUUGGAAUCUGCGCUGAAUGAGAACAAAGUUUCUCUUUUCUUCACAGAGUCGCCUACCAAUCCAUUCCUCAGAUGUGUUGACAUUAAGCUGGUUUCAGAGCUUUGCCACAAAAAAGGAGCUUUGGUCUGCAUAGACGGUACCUUUGCAACACCUCUCAACCAGAAGGCCCUUUUCCUUGGAGCUGAUCUUGUUCUGCAUUCUGCAACAAAAUACCUUGGGGGCCACAAUGAUGUCAUUGCAGGUUGCAUUAGUGGUUCCAUGAAGUUGGUCUCAGAAGUUCGUAAUUUGCAUCAUGUUUUGGGUGGUGCACUCAACCCAAAUGCUGCGUACUUGAUCAUCCGAGGCAUGAAGACGCUACAUCUUCGUAUAAAGCAACAAAAUUCAACAGGACUGCGGAUGGCCAAAAUUUUAGAGGCACAUCCUAAGGUGAAGCGUGUAUACUAUCCUGGCUUACCAAGUCAUCCUGAACAUGAACUUGCCAAGCGUCAGAUGACUGGCUUUGGUGGUGUGGUCAGUUUUGAGGUUGAUGGAGACCUAGAUACCACCAUAAAAUUUGUCGAUUCACUCAGAAUCCCAUAUAUUGCGCCAUCAUUUGGUGGCUGUGAGAGCAUUGUUGAUCAGCCAGCGAUUAUGUCUUACUGGGAUCUACCUCAGUCAGAAAGGCUCAAGUAUGGGAUUAGGGAUAACCUGGUUCGAUUUAGCUUUGGAGUUGAAGACUUUGAAGAUUUGAAGGCUGAUGUACUUCAAGCUCUGGAAUCCAUAUAGGCCCAUCAUUUGCAGUCCGACGGUUCAGGAUCUUAUAUGGCGCAUAACCUACCAUGUCCGUUUUUAAUAACUAUUAACCGUUGUUCCACUAUUAUUGUUCUAAAUCUUUACCUUGUUUUGGUGCUCCAAUUUGUUUUAAUCAUCAAGUGUUCUGUUCUGCCCCAGUCGACUGAUCAUAUAAUGAUCCAAUCAAUAACUUAAAUGCCAUCUAAUAUGUUAUUUUUC